CCUCAUGAAUCUUUUUUUUUUCCAAGGAAAAGGGGAUACCGUCCUUGUGUUUAACGUCCGAGAGAUGUCUAAAUCCAAACAUGGCCUCAGACGAAGCAGCUUAACCUCUUAAUAGAGGAAGAGACGCAAUUCAAUCAGUAAUUUAAAAAGGACGAAGAACAAACACCGACCAGGUCACGAGGAAAGGGCACACUGCCUUAACUCUCAACCAAACACAGUGCAACUUCAGCUGAUAUUUUCUUCUGACGCUCCAUCGUCCCCGUCACCGAAACGUGUCGCUUCCAAUCGAGUCUUUCCAACCCACAAAAUCCCAUAUUCUUUCUUCUUUUAACUCCGACAGGAACGUUAAAAGAAAAAGGAAAAACGAGAAAUUGGAACUUGAGGUAAGAUCGUCUCUUGGAAAUGCAAAGCGACCCGAAGGAGAAAGAGAAAGGCGCAGGGAGGGAGUCCGCGUUUAUUUAAUCUUGUUCCUGUGAACGGGUUGGGAGCCGAAAGUUCUCCUCUUCCUCUCGCACAGUCUCUCGUGGCGGCCUGAAAUUCUCUCCAUAAAUUUCGCUGUCUGCAAGUGGAGAGUCCACUUCGUUCCGGGGAAUAAGUAAAUGAAUUGUAAUGGAGAAAGAAACAAGGGGCUUGCGAGUCACUCUUAACUUUGCUUGCGAUCGAGAAAAAAAUGAGAAAAAGAACAGACGCAGAGGUUGAUUGAAUUGAUGGGUACCCGAGAGUUGUCUUUCUUGAAAGCCCAUCUGAAUUUGGCUGGCAGAGGAUUGCCGAACCGGUUCCUGCACGGAAACAUGUCCGGGUUCGUGGCCUCGUUCUGGAUUUUGCUCUGCAACUUCUUGUUCUUCGUCUUUGGAUCAGUGGGCAGAUACAUCUCCAGAUUUCAAGCAGCUGAAAAAUUUGAGAAGAACGAAGAAAGUUCCUGUUUUGCUGGUUCACAUGAAGACGAUGGGAUGUAUUCGGAGGGCAGAGAGAUUGAAAACAGAGAACAAAACGAAGAUGUUGCUGGAAGUGAUGGAGACGAAGAGGGCUCUGUUUUUGUGGAAACUGCGUCGAGCAAGUAUGAGUUCUGCACUGGGAGAGACAUCAGCGGAUUUGUGGAGCAACCAAAAAUCAUGAGCUUCACUGUCCAAGAGGUGUUUCUGGGUUCAAGCGAUGAUUACACGAUCCAUAGUAAAGAUCUUGAUGUUGGGCAUUAUGUCGGCAAAGAGUUCGGUGAAGAGGAGACUGAAGCACAAGAGCAAAUAGAGGAGGAUUCUCACGAGAAAGAUGGCUCUGUUCAAAGCAUCGCAAUGGAUGAAGUCCUUGAUAACAAGGUAAGGGAGCAAUUGAUGGAUCAGCAGCUUAGUGAAAAGGCAGAGGUUCUGGAAUCAGAAGAUGAAUUUUUGGAUGAUGAUGCUUUUCUUGAUGAAGAGGAAAUGAUUUUGGAUGAUCUCUUGUCUCAAGCUGAUCAAGUUGAUCCAGAGUUAGAAUCGGUUUGCUCAGAUGAUGGAAUUGUUUUUGGGUCUGAUUCAGCCAAUACUUUCGAUGCCCAUAAACAACAGCACCUGGAAAAUUGCACAGUCGACGCUGCCGUAGAUUUGAACGGCGACGAAAGAAUUCCAAGUUCUGAAGAAGAUGAAAUGCUCAGUGAAACUACGUUAGACCCAGAAGCAGCCUUCUCUGCACAUCAAUUUAGUGAUAGUGAAUCGGAAUCUGACGAGGACUACAUAGAAGUUGAAUUGCAGAAAACGAAUUUCUCCACUUCAAAUUGGUCGUCCUGCAAAAAUUCAGUCGAGGACGAUGGGGAAGGGGAAAAUCCGUCAUCCAACGACAUGGAACCGAUGACGGCUAAUUCAGAAAAUUCCCCGGAACUCGUGCAUUUUCAAGAUAAUUCACCAGCAUCGGAUUCUGAUGAUAAUUGGGACUGGGAGCAUGAUGACAUAAUAGAGCAGCUAAAGAUGGAGCUUAAAAAUGUGAGAACCGGAGGACUUCCCACGAUCUUAGAAGAAUCCGAAACAGACUCUCCAAUGAUGGUGGGCGACGCCGAUCUCAAGUUGAAGCCGCUGAAGCUCGACCAGAAGCUCGAGCACAAAGAUCUGCUUCAGGAGAUUCAGAAAGUGUACAAGAGCUAUGCAGAGAAAAUGCGGAAAUUGGACAUCUUGAACUACCAGACUCUACAUGCUAUCGGGCUGCUCCAACUGAGAGAACCGCUUAACUCGAAUAGGAACCGUAAAGUUCUCCUCUCGCAGAGCUGGACAAACAGAUUGAGGAGGCCCAAGAUUGACUCCAUGGCGGAGUCCAUGGUCGCGCUACAUGGUGACCUCGAAAUGGUUUAUGUAGGACAUGCUUGCCUCUCGUGGGAGAUUCUUCAGUGGCAGUACGGGAAAGCCCGGGAGAUGAGAGAGUUUGAUCAUGGAGGGUUUCGCCGUUACAAUCAAGUAGCUGGCGAGUUCCAACUGCUCCGAGUGCUUCUCCAGAGAUUUAUAGAGGACGAGCCAUUUCAAGGGCCGAGGAUCGAGUAUUACGUCAAGAACAGAUGCGUCCUGCGUGGCCUCCUCCAGGUGCCGGCCAUAAGAGACGACAGCUCCAGGAAUAACAAGGGAAAAGCGGCCGAGGAGGAUGCUAUCUCAAUCGAGACUUUGGUAGAGAUCAUAGAGGAAUCAAUGCGAGUUUUUUGGGAUUUUAUCCGUGCUGAUAGACACGAACCCGACGGAGGUUUAAAGCAAAGUCAGCUCAACGAACAAGACUCGGCAGAUUUGGUACUUCUGACAGCUCUCAGGGCUCAACUUCAAAAGAAGGAAAGAAGGCUCAAGGACAUAGUGAGGAGCGGAAACUGCAUAGUGAAGAGGUUCCAAAAGCCUCGUGACCGGCUGGAUCCCGCGAUUCUGUUCGCUCAGGUCGAGCUGAGAUUGGUCUCGAGAGUUCUGAGCAUGCGGAAGGUCGCGAGAGAUCAGUUAGCAUGGUGUCGCGAUAAGUUGGACCGGAUCAACAUCGUUAGUAGGAAGAUCUGCGUGGAACCGUCUUUCUUGCUCAUCCCCUGUUGAGAUCGGAGGGCGAGGCUUUUGCCGCGGAGUUUUUGCUCGCCGACGGCAACAUUUUACAGAAAAACAGGAUUAGGAAUAUAGGGUGAGACUGGAUUGCUGUGGCGCUGGUAGCGAUAUUGUUUACCGUCAGGAUGUGUACUUUGCAUGGUCCCUGCGGUGCACACAUGCAUCUUUCUCACGGUCUCUGUAAUAGUUGUGAUGUAUAUAGACAUAAAAAAUAAGAUGCCAAAUCCUUGUGCAAA